AUGAAGACCUUCAGUGUUGCAGUUUUGGUGGCCGUGGUGGUCGUGGUUGCUUGUGUGGAGCAGAGCUCUGUUGCUCCACCCAGUGAGGUCAGAUCAUUGCAGAAGAUUUGGUCAGUUUUUGUGCUAAAUUAUGACUCGUUCUUGAAGGUGGAGGAUCAGGAUGAGAUGGUCCUCCUACAGGACGAGGUGAUGGAUGAAAGUCGGACUGCAGGACAAGAGCAGAUGGUGAAGACCAUGUGGGAGGUACCGCAGAGCAGACAGAGACGUCGCUUCAGGUGUCGCUUCUGCUGCAGGCCGAGGUUUUGUGGAAUCUGCUGCAGGUGGUGA